AACUUAAUUUUUUUGAUUGAUACUAUUUCUAGAUUUUAUUUAUCAUUGAUACUUGGUAGUAAUUUGAAUUUAUCCUUACUGAAUCGAGAUAAUCGAUAUCGUUAUAAACAAGAAUAUGAAAAAUUUAAAGUAACUGUUAGCUAUGCUGCACUAUUCUUUUUCACAUUAUCGAUUUUUGAUAUGAUAUGUUCAUUUCUAAUGGUUUGGUAUUAUUGUACAUUGACAAUUCGCGAAGCCAUUCUUAGCAAAAACGGUUCCAAAAUAAAAGGUUGGUGGAAAAUUCAUCAUUAUGUAUCAUGUGUCAUUUGCGCUUUUGUUGUAACAUGGAAAGAUGGUCUAUGCUAUGAAGCUUAUCGAAAUCAAUUUCUUAUAUUCAAUAUUUACAUUGCAUUAGUACAGUUGCUACAAUGUCGUUACCAAAAUGGAUGUUUGCGGCGGUUACAUGCAUUAGGUCAGCGUCAUAGUAUGGAUAUAACAGUGGAAGGAUUUAGCAGCUGGAUGUUCAAAGGCCUUACUUUUUUAAUACCUUUCCUAGUGGUUGCUUAUGCAUUUCAAUUUUAUAAUGCUUAUACAAUUUUCGUGAUUUAUCGAACAAUGGAUUGUUCUGGUCAAUGGCAGGUACCAGCAUUGGCUAUUGCGUUCUUAUUCGUUGCAUGUGCCAAUACAUUCACACUAAUCGCAGUGCUUAUUAAUAAAUGGAAAAAACGAAGUUCUUAUUCAGCAUUACUCGAACUUAUUAAAUCAGGAGCACCGAAAGCUGAAUGA